AUGGCGUCUUCAUCGACACAAACUCCACUUCUCUACUCGUGCAUCGCGCACCAUACUACCAUCCUUUCCGAAUGCACGACGUCGUCAUCUUCGAAAACCUCGUCGCUCGCCUCCCUAAUCCUACCCAAGAUCGACCACGACUCGCCGCAGAAGCUCACGUACACCCAUGGCUCCCACCACAUCCACUACAUCUCCGAGGCGUCGUCCGCGCACCCGAACAACCCAUCCGCCGGCGGCCUCACCUUCCUCGUGAUCGCGGAGUCGUCGCUGGGCCGGCGCGUGCCGUUUGGUUUCCUCUUCGAGAUCCGGAAGCGGUUCUUCGACGAGUUCGACGCGGAGCACGCCGACUUCGCGGACAUGCCGAACUACGGCGCGGGCAGCUUCAACGCGGAGCUGAAGAAUCUGAUGGUCGAGUUCGGAACCACUAGCGGUGGCCGCGACGACGCUAUCACGAACGUUCAGCGCGAGAUGGAUGAUGUUCGAGGAAUCAUGACACGUAAUAUUGAGGGCCUACUCGAGAGGGGCGAGCGCAUCGAUCUCCUCGUCGACAAGACCGAUCGUCUUGGCGGCAGCGCGCGCGAGUUCAGAGUCCGGAGUCGGGGUCUCAAACGCCAGAUGUGGUGGAAGAACGUCAAGUUGAUGGCGCUGCUCGUUGUUGUGUUUGUCUUGAUCAUUGUCGCGAUAGUGAUCGCGGUUAAGAAUGCUACGGGAUGA